AUGAGGCUCCUGCCCAACUCAUUACACACAAUCUUCACUUCAACUGAGGAGCAGCAAAGACUGAAGCAGAUCCACGCAACAAUGAAGGCAGUUUUGAUCCUAGCCAUCGCUGCUCUGUCUGGCUGCAAUGCCAACAUCUUCUACGCCGAUGCCCCCAAGCCCCAAAUGGAGGUGCUGACUGAUGCCUUCUGGGACUACAUCGCCCAGGCAACUCAGACGGCUGAUGAUACACUCCAGUUGAUAAGGAAGUCUCAGCUCGGGGAGGAAAUUAACACCCGCUUGAUGGAGAGCGCAGACAUGGCCAGCAAGUAUGCAGUGACCAUACAAGAACAGCUGCCCCCUGCCGCCCAGGACCUCAUGAUCCAGAUCAGCGGAAAAGCCGACACCCUGCGCAAUGUCCUUACCCAAGAACUCAGCUCUGCAAGAGGCCAGCUGGAACCCUACACCGAGCAGAUGAAAACCCAGAUCCAGCAGAAGGUGGAUCAGCUCAAGCAGGAACUGGCCACCUACGCCGACUCUCUGGACUCGGAAGGUUUGAAAGCCGCCCUGGUGCAGAAGAGCGAAGAGCUCAAGACCAGCCUGGAGCAGAGCGUGAAGGACCUGCAGGCUCAGCUGGGACCCUACACCGAUGACCUCAAGAUGAAGGUGGACCAGCAUCUCCAAGAUUUCCAGGACAGCGUGACACCCAUGACGGAGAAGGUGCAAGGCGAGCUCAGCCACCGGGCCAGCCUGGUCAAGCAGAUGGUCGCCCCCUAUGCGGAAGACCUGAAGGAGAAGCUCGACCCGUAUGCCCAAGACCUCCAAGCUCGCCUCACGUCCCUUUACCAAUCAUAUGCUCUGCCGGCGCUGGUGCCUCUGCUGGUGCCUCUGCCGGUGCCUCUGCUGGUGCCUCUGCCGGUGCCUCUGCCGGUGCCUCUGCCGGUGCCUCUGCCGGUGCCUCUGCCGGUGCCUCUGCCGGUGCCUCUGCCGGUGCCUCUGCCGGUGCCUCUGCCGGUGCCUCUGCCGGUGCCUCGCGUACGCUUCGUGGGCACCUGCCGUACGGCCGUUGGCGGCUGCUUCCCGGCGUUCUCCGCACACUGCUUCUCGGGAUCCCGGCGCUGCUCUCGCCGCCAGGGUGGCUCGCGCCCUGGGCAGGAUCCAGUUCAAACCUCAGCACACAAACUGCAAGCAGUAACCAGGCUUCCUUCCCUCAUUGCUGCUCCAUUCUCCUCCCCCUGA